AUACUACAUACAGAAGGAUAUAGAUAUUUAGGAGCAAAAACAGACAUGGUAACGUGGAAUCCUCAUGUUGAAGCAGAUGAUGAGUAUAGCACUUCUCGAGUAGCUCUUAUGAGUGGAGCUUACUAUGACUAUCAAGACAUUGAAUCUGGAUGGGCAGUUAAUCCAAGGGUUUAUGGUGAUAGGCAGACGCGAUUUUUCACUUAUUGGACUACUGAUGGCUCAAGAGAAACAGGUUGCUUUGACCUGGCUUGUCCUGGUUUUGUACAAACCAGCCAUGAGAUAGCACUUGGUGCAGCUAUAUACCCAAUCUCAACCCAAAAUGGUCUCCCUUAUUCAAUUACUGUUUAUAUUUACAAGGAUUUAAAUACAAGCAACUGGUGGCUACAAUAUGGAGAAAAAAUAAACAUAGGAUAUUGGCCAUCAGAGAUAUUUGAAGGUGGGCUAAAAUACCAUGCAGAAACAGUUCAAUGGGGUGGUGAAGUUUAUAGCAGCAAAGUAGGAACACAUCCACAUACAAAAACACAAAUGGGAAGUGGAGCAUUUCCUAUUUUUAUAUAUGCAAAUACAGGAUUUAUGAAAAGAAUAAGAGUUCUUCAAAAUUCAAUGGAGUUGAAAUUUCCAGAAUAUGUUGAUGCUUAUUCUGAGGAAUAUGAUUGUUAUCGUACUCAGUAUAUGGGUGAUUAUGUUGAAGAACCUGAAUUUCAUUUUGGAGGUCCAGGAAGGAAUCCAAUAUGCCCUUAAAACACAUUGUUAACAGUGACGCUCGUUUCAGUUGCAGACAAGUUGGGGUCGGCUAUAUGAAUUGUCACUAAUUUUGAAUUUUGUUGAGUUUAUUAUCAAUCUUGGUUUCGCUUUAACAGCUAGUUUAGAUGGUUGUUCUCUAUUGUAUUGUAUCAAUUUUCUUUAUUAUUAUUAUUAUGUUGAAAAACCUGAAUUUCACUUUGGAGGGCUGGGAAGGAAUCCAAUAUGCCCUUAAAACAUAUUGUGAAUUUAGAAUAUAGCGACACGAUGACGCUAGCUUCAGUUCAAAACAAGUUAGGGUCGGCUAUAUGAAAUUGUCACUAAUUUUGAAUUUUGUUGAGUUUAUUAUCAAUCUUGGUUUCGCUUUAACAGCUAGUUUAGAUGGUUGUUCUCUAUUGUAUUGUAUCAAUUUUCUUUAUUAUUAUUA